AUGGAAAUGAGGCAAAACAGUCUGAGAAAGAGCCUCUCGUGUCCGGAUGGCCAUCAACAGAUCCCAGCAUUCGUGACCUCUCUGUUCCCCUCCUAUAAAUUCCUGAGGUUGACGCGUUCGAAGAAGACACCAGGGUGUAUCCAACACAAACGGCAGGUCAGAGCGAGUGUUCGGAAGCAUCUCCCCGCAUGGACCACCUCAGACGGACGCAUGGCCAACAGGAAGCGUAUGAGGCCCACAGAGGAAGAAGAGGACGUCCAACCUCCCACAAAGAGAAGAGACUCCCUUCCAUUGGUCCACGUAAGCCAGAGCUCGUUGGACAACACUGACACUCCCGCGCCCAAGAGAAGAUUUGCUUUUCCAUGGCCCUAUGCUCGCAAGAGCUCCUCAGAGUCAGAAGACUCUCAACCCCAAGUGUCCAAAAGCAGGUUCCACUUUUCAUGGCCCUUCAACCGCAGACGCUCCAAUGAGAAGGGAGUCCAGAACCACAGGGUUCCUGAGAGGUCCGACACACAACAGAUAACCAAGCAGACCUCAGCAGUCACAGAGACUCCACCAGGAAAAUCACUGCAGGGGGAGAAAGAGGGGGAAGAGGAGGAAAACAAGGAAGACGAGGAAGAGGAGCAAGAGGAGAGGCCAGACGUAGAGAUGGAGGACAACUCCUCAGAGUUCCACACCCCCCAUGAGUCCGUUGCUGACAUGGAAAUAGGAUCAGACCCACUGCUGCUUCCAGAGAAGGAAGAGUUCCCGCUGAGACUGGACGUCCUGAAGGAGAUAGAGGAUAAAUACUUGGUGAUGGAGAGGCUUGAAGAGGGAUACAUGUCCAUCGUUUUGAAAGGACUGCGUCGAGAAGACCUGACACCUGUGGCGCUGAAGAAGAUUUCCAGAAAAUAUGUUCAGUUUGUCAAAGUGAAGGUGAACAAGGAGCUGCUGGUGCUUCCUCUGGAGGUGUUUAUGCUGCUGAAGGUGGGAGCAGGUUCAGGGUCAGAGGGCAUCACUCCUCAGCUCCUGGAUUGGUACGACGCGGGCCAGUACGUGUACCUGGUGUUCCAGAGGCCCAUCCCUUGCGAGGACCUCCUGGAUUACGUCUUCUCCAAGGACCGAAUACGCAAUCUGACCUUCACUGAUGUCACCCAUGACACCAAGAUCAUCAUGCGUCAGUUGGUGGAUGCAGCUAUAGAAAUGGAAGCUAAAGGCGUCUUCCAUCUGGAUAUCAAGCCUCAGAACGUGUUGAUCCAGAAGUAUCUGACGCCCAAGGCCAAGUUCAUCGACUUUGGUUCUGCCAAACUGCUGCACCACAAGGACCAGCUUUUCCACGAACCACAAGGCUCUUUAGAGUUCUCGAGCCCGGAGUGGUUCCGUGAGCAGCAGUACAAAGCAGGUCCGACCACAGUGUGGCAGCUGGGGUUGGUGAUGUUCGUGCUGCUGUUAAAGAGAGUGCCUUUAGUCACAGAGAAGUCUGUGGCCUCGUGGACAGCGACACCUAUUCCCAAAAACAUUCCACAAGAAUGCAGGCUGCUUCUGAAGGGCUGUCUGGACAAGGAUCCGGAAACACGCCUGACCCUGGAGCAGAUGAGGGACCAUACUUGGCUGCAGGAAAAGCCCACAUGGUCUUGA